AUGAGUGGACGACGCAAGGCUGAUAAACAAGGGCAAGCACAGAUUCCAAAGUGUCCAGGGCCCGCAGGUAGCCGAGAAUCCUUUGAGUCCAGAGUUGUGCCUGUCCUUCGUAAAGGCUUUGGCCUCAGCGAUCUCGCCAAGCUUCGCUCUUUCACCCUGAAGUCUUCGGAGUGGUCAAUGGCACAGGAGCAAUUCAACAAAUCGAACAAAUCUACCUUUGUAUCAAUCCGCAGCAAGGCCGCAUGCCAGCGAUGGUAUGAGGUCAUGUUAGAAGGACGGCUGGUGGAGAUCAAGGAUAUGGCAUCCAGAAUCCAAACCGAACGAGACAGUGCAUGGGCUUAUCCACUCCCAGCCGAUCAUCUCAUCUCCUUGGUGUACUACAACGUAUAUCGCGCCAUGAUCAAGAAUGUUGAACUUUUGGGCUUAGAUCUAAAUUUAAUGUACACAGAUGACUAUCCCUCACCAUUCACCCCGUGUUCACAAACGGCCACAUCAGCCAUCCGUCGCCUCCCCAUUUCGCUCGAGCCGACCGAACUGCAGAAAAGUAUGGCUCAUCAUCCACAGUGGGACAUCAUGCCAGAUCCCAUUGUGAGAGACAACAUACUUCGUUACGGCGAAGAGAACAUCAACGAUGUCGAGUUGUGUCUCGACAUGGUGGGAGGGGCUGGUGAAUUAAGUGAGAUUUCAGGUGACACCCAGGAGAAGACGGGGUUAAUUAUCUGGGGCGAACCGUGGGAUGUUGACGGUUGGGAGGUCACCGAAGCAUUUGCCAAAAAAUGGGGCUUCAUGUUGAGAAAUGCACCCAUCACCAUUAGUACGAAUCGAUGGAGAGCAGCACGAGGUGAAGACCCUCUGGACUUUGACACGAUAUUGUGGCUUGAUGUUGAUUCGAGUUGA